CUACUGCGAGUUAUAUAACAGACAGCAGAGACCAGCCUUGGAGAACGAUAAAACUCGAUAGACAGACGAAAACAGAACAACAGCCUAACUUCACUUAAAGCAUUAUGUACAUCUGACACCCAUCUGAGGGCCGGACGGGCUUUGCUGUAGCUGAGGAUGAUGAAUGGUCUCCUGCAUUAGAGCUAGAUGGUGUGGGAAUGAUGGACCUCCCUAAUGGCCAAUCCAGUAUCUCCACCAGUGCUGCCACAGUCUCUGAGAAGAGCAGCAGCUCAGAAUCUCUCAGUGAUAAGGCAUCUUCAGAGCUGAAGAAGAGUUUUGACGCAGUUGUGUUCGAUGUGCUGAAGGUCACUCCCGAGGAAUAUGCAGGCCAGAUUACACUCAUGGAUGCUCCUGUGUUCAAAGCCAUCCAGCCAGAGGAGCUGUCAAGUUGUGGCUGGAACAAGAAGGAGAAGCACAGCUCUGCUCCAAAUGUUGUGGCCUUUACCUGCAGGUUCAACCAGACAAGUUUCUGGGUGGUACGAGAGAUCCUCCAUGCACAGACGUUGAAGAUCAGAGCCGAGGUGCUGAGUCUGUAUAUUCGCACUGCCAAGAAACUGUGUGACAUGAACAACCUCCAUGCGGUAAUGGCAGUGGUGUCAGCGUUACAAAGUGCUCCCAUCUUCAGGCUAACCAAAACUUGGGCGUUGCUUAAUCGUAAGGACAAGGCAACGUUUGACCGGCUUGAUUACCUGAUGUCCAAAGAAGACAACUAUAAACGCCUGAGAGACUACAUCAGCAGCCAGAGCAUGGUUUCUUGCAUACCAUACCUAGUUUGUUACACCAUGGGAGACUAG